UGCCUGCUUUGCACAGAGAGACGACGACGACGAGAGAAACAAUGGCAGAGGCUGGCGCGAUCCGAACCAUCGUGGAAGCGAUUCACUCAUCGCCGACGCAAGCCGUCGUAUAUCUUUCCGGCGGUGCCUCUCAGUCUUUAGGUUGGUUAAUGUCAGUUCCAGGAGCUUCUAACACACUUCUUGAAACCGUGGUUCCGUAUUCUAUGAUCUCUAUGGUCCAAUUACUCGGAAGGGUUCCGAAUCAACAUUGUAGCCAAGAAAUUGCGAAUGAGAUGGCUUUGUUAGCUUAUAAUCGUGCUCUUAAGCUAUCUAAACCAGGAUAUGCGGUUCUUGGUGUCGGUUUCACGGGAACAUUAGCAACUUCCCGGCCAAAGCGUGGGGAUCAUAGGUUUUUUCUGUCAAUCAGAGCAUCUAACCGGAUAUGGGAAACUUCAGUCACUUUAAUAAAGGGAAAACGAAGCCGAGAGGAAGAAGAUAAAUUGGCAAGCUGUGUACUAAUCCAGGCUAUGGCCAAGGCAUGCCAAGUUUCUGAGACACUUGACUCUGGCUUGACUGAGUCUGAGGUGCUUAAUGAGUCUGAAACCCAGUUUAGUGAAGAAGAAGAACUAGAGCAGCUUAUAGAUGGAAAAUUGUGCUCUAAGAUUUAUCCGUUUUCCAAAACCGAAUCAUACGGGUCGGAGAAAAAUAGAAAGAUUAUACUGCCUGGUUCGUUUAACCCGUUACAUGAAGGUCAUCUGAAGCUGUUGGAAGCUGCAAUGAGUGUUUCUGAGACCGGAGGGUAUCCAUGUUUUGAAAUAUCUGCGGUAAAUGCAGACAAACCAUCACUUACAGUUACAGAGAUUAAAGACCGUGUCAAGCAAUUUGAAGUACUUGGAAAGACGGUGAUAGUUUCAAAUCAACCAUUCUUCUACAAGAAAGCUGAAAUCUUCCCAGGAAGUAGUUUUGUAAUUGGCGCCGACACUGCAUCAAGGCUUAUAAAUCCAAAGUACUAUGAAGGAAGCAAAACAAGAAUGUUGAAGGUACUAGGUGAUUGCAAACGAACAGGUUGCAAGUUCCUUGUUGGUGGCCGCAAUGUAGACGGUGUAUAUAAGGUUGGUGGCGAUCUUGAUAUUCCGGAUGAAAUAAAGGACAUGUUUAUCUCAAUUCCAGAAAACACAUUCCGGAUGGAUAUAUCCUCUACAGAGGUAAGAAAGAAGCAAAGAGGUUCUGUUUCAUAAUACACGAAGUAAUGACACGCAUCAAAGUCCGUAAAUGUUAGUAACACGCAUGAAACAGCUCUCAAUAGAAUGGGAUGUCAUGGUAAUCUUCGUAUGUAUGUGUAUGCUGAGAAAGAGAAACAAUAAGUACUCGAUGUUGCACAGGAUUCUUCAUUGUUUGAACUCGAGAAAAUUUGUUCUCUUAUUACUAGAUCCUCCCGAAAUGCCAUCUCUUUCCGCAGACUCAAUGGUUGAUUGUGCAGAAGUUCUUGGUAGAGGAAAACCUGUAAGCGAUGAUGCCUCCUGUGCUGAUUUGAGUUAGAUAUUUUGUUUUCUGUCGAAACAUGUUUGGGGUUAAUAAUGUAUGAGAUAGAAUUUUGUUUCAAACAUCAAAAACCAAAUGUUUCGUCUCUACCGUAACAAUAUGAUUACCAAUAUUGCAUAAGACUUUGGACUUUA